AUGACAUCCAACUCGGAUAUUCUAUAUAAUCCAGCGGAUUACGCAACGCCAAAUCCAUUGCUUCCUGAGGAAGUGUUCGGCCAUGUCGAUCUUGGAACCUUAGCAGACAUUCACCGGUACCUUUGCGAGAGCGAGUUGCAAGAAGACGUUGAGCUCGCUACAUGGACGUGGGAGAAUUAUCUCAACGGCCUUUGGAAAGGUUCGCUAACAGCGGAGAUCCGUACUGCCCAAGCAUUCAGCAAGUUGGACAGAGCCUAUCGCAGGGUGCGAUCUCUCACCAACAAAGCCCAGGACAAGUGGCCAUUCUUCGACAGGAACUUCAAGCAAAUGUCAUCAGCUACGGUUCGAAACAAUGCGCGCGGUGAAGCCGCUCCCGGCAUCAUGUAUCCAAUUGACGGAUUGCAGAGAAAAUCACACCUGACUGGUCAGCCACCCAACGGGUCCAUCACGCCUGAUGCCUCUGCUGGACCAGAGCUUCAAGUACCUUUUGGCACCAACAGGCCUAGCCGCUACCAACCAUACGUGCAGAGUUACCCACGCCCGACACGGCAGACUCCUGUACCCCUUCCGCCUAAUCUUCCUGCGAAGUCUUCUGAACCACCAAACUAUGAGAAGCGAUCUGUGCUGUCAGAAGAGCCUCCGUUUUCGAUAGCCUCUUCACAAAACAUCCCCAAGGACACAGAUUUUUUCUCAGAGCCAGAAGGCCAAGCAAAGCCUCAGUCCGACGUAACCCAAAUUGGAGGCGGGCUUCAUCAGGAUAUGUCACGAAACGAACUAGUCGCUUCUCCCUCAACAACUGUAGGCGAUACCGUGUCGCGCCGCCCUAGCUCAAAGCCUAUUGCAGACCCUGAAGUAGAGCCACCAGUACAAGAUGCGGGCGCCGGUAAGGUCCGCGGCCCAAAUGGACGCUACCUACCUAGAGACGAUAUCAACCCCGGAUCCAAGAAGACGAAGAAGCCAAAAAAGGGAUUCCAGUCCCGUAAGAGCAUGAGGAAUGCCGAGAAAAUAGAAUCUUCUGUGCCGAAGGCCAUCUCUGGAGAACCUGAAGCUGCGCCAGCCGAAGAUGAAGAUUUUUCUGCAGGUGUUCAGUCAUCUUCACCUCCAGCGCUUGGCCAGGAAGCUGAGGAGCAGAAUGGAGUUGAGGAAGAGGCCAACAUGCUUCCAGUCACUAGUAUCGUGGUGCCUCCCGCAACUGAUGCCGUCGCGCGUUCCACGACCAUCCAUGAGCCAGAGGUCAGGGAAGAGGAAGCAGCUUCCGAUCCGGGGCCUGUCCCUGCAUAUCUUCUUGCUGCUGAAGCUGAUGCAGUCCUAUCAAACCUAGACAGGCUACCACCAAAUUCAAGGAAGUCCAACAAGCGAAAGAGCGAGCCAGUCGUCCAGUCAGGGGACCGCAAGCGGGGUAAGCAUGGCGGCAUAGUCGGCCGCCCAAGGAAAUCCGAACAGUGCAGAGGCCAAAAUUCCCAUCAAGAACCAGUUCCGCCACAGAAAGAGGCCGCUCUCGACGCUGGUGAGGCACCACAAAUGACAACGCGUCGAGCCACCCGACAAGCGGCGGCAGCAAAGCCGCAAACUGACGUACCGGUUGAACGACACACUUAUAUAUCGAAAGGGUCGCCAAUGUUAACAUCAAAUCCAGGGGAACAGUCCGCCAGGGAUGAAGACGAGGUGAUGGGUGGAGUCGGGGAUGAUGCGCCUGCUACUCAUGAAAAGAGUUUUGCGCCCACUCCAGAUGCUAUGGAAGUUCACGCCACACCUUCAUCCACUUUGGAGGGAUUUUCACUACCGCCGCAAACCUCAAAUAACCAUCUGCUGAGUGUUGGCCUGGAUAUGACUAGGCCUUUCGCUCUUCCUCAGCCGGGCUCGCGCCCACAACCAUAUCAGUCUCCUUAUCAGCCUAUACCAUCGCCACCGCCAUCUGCAUCCGUCGCAAAGGAAGCAAUGAAUAACGGAGCAGUAUCCGUAUACCUACCUGGACAUGUGGAGUACUUCGCUCGCAUCAGAACAGGUAACGGUGAUACCAUGGACUUGACCAUUGAGGAAGACCAGCUCGAGAGCAACGAAGUUAAGAUGAUCAGGAAAUAUGCGAAGUACAAUGCUGAACCUGGCGUGGUGCCGGUCUCGUAUGCGCAGUUUCGGCAGAUAUUUGCUUUUGCGAAACAGGACUAA